GAUAAUUGUCAGACUUUUCUGGUCUUUCAAGAACGGGAACGAUGAUGGCGCCGGUGAUGGUGGCAGCGGUGGUGCGACGCGCGAGGGGCGCUGUCGGACGGACCGGGGGCUGCUUGGGUGGGAUGGUGCGGGCAUUGGGGAGUGUAGCACAAGCACGGCAUGCUUUGGAUCGUGGAUUUGUUCAGCGACACUUUGGCCCCGAGCCCGGUGCCGAGGAUGAUAUACGCCUCGCCGUAGGAUACGGCUCGGGGGUAUUUCAGCAGGCGGGUCAUCAGCGCAACCCCAACACAAUGAUAGAUCUCAUCCUCGUGGUUGAUGAUUCGCGUGCCUUCCACGAGCGCAACAAACAGCGCCACCGUCACCAUUACUCUGCCCUUGGUUGGCUCAACGCGCAGGCUUUAGAAGGCAUUCAGCGCUGGGGGCAGGCCAAGCUGUAUUAUAACCCUUACGUUCGCCUAGAUGGCCAGCUCUGCAAGUACGGUGUUAUGGGUUGGGAGGAUUUCAAGGCGGACAUGACCAACUGGGAAGCACUUUACGCCAGCGGCCGCCUUCACAAGCCCGUCCACGUUAUGACGGCCCAUGAGGAUGCCGAAGCCCUCAUUUACCAGAAUCGCCGACCCUUUUCAAAAAACAAGUGCUGGGUCUUGGAACAGCGCAUGACGUGCUUGGUAUUGAUGACGGAUCUAUAUACCCGUAUUGCAAGCCUCUCCUACAGCGGUGACCCGCGUAUGAUUGUCGGGGAGAAAAAGGGCAAGGUUGAGGCCAUCGUGGCUGGAAGUUUUGCAGGCUUUCAAGAAGUAUACCAGCCCAUCUGGCAGGCUUGGACGGGCGGAGAGCUUCCUUCUUCGGACAUGCUGAUUGACAAUCCGAUUCAUGGCCGUCGCCUCCAUCAGCUUUCGUGGCUACCCAAGGCCAUAUUUUCAAAAGUGCGCGCUGGCCCUGACCUGGCAGAGGAAGAGGUGACGCCUGCUGUCGCGGCGGCGCUGGCCAGCACCGUGCGCAGUGGCGCCACCACGCAAACCAUCAAGGGGCUGCUCACAGGUGGUUUAGGUCGCUCUGCCAUCUAUGCCAAGGAAAAGCUCGUCAAAAUGUUUCAAUAG